GGGGUGGUGCGAGGAGGCGGUGGCGCUGCUGCGGCGCCCCGCGGUGGCGGAGAUGGCCGUGGACGUGCUGCUCUGCGCGGUGCCGAUCUGGGCGGCCGUCAUGAUCGGCCUCGUCGUGGGCUGGUCCUGGCGCCCGCGCUGGACGGGGCUGCUCUUCCUCGGCCUCCGCAGCCGCCUCCGCCUCCUCUGGGUGCCGCCGGGGCUCGGCGCGCGGAGACUCUGGCUCGCCUGCACCGCGCUCUCCGCGUGCUCCGUCGCGCCAAGGCUCCUCUCCUCCGCCUUCCGCCGCUGCAGGGGGAAGCACCAGGACAAGCUCGCCCCCGAGGACCACGCCGGGGACGACGGAGGUUGCGCCGACGGCAGGGCAAUAUUUGAGGACGAGCAUGAUACUGUCACUGAGAAGGACCUAGAACAUUUGCUGCAACUUUUAGAUAACAAGGAGAGUGGGGAUACAGCAUGGCAGAAUUUGAUGGAGCGCACAACCUCCAACAUGACCUACAAGGCCUGGCGGCGUGAGCCUGAGGAGGGACCUAUAAUGUAUUGCAGCCGCACUAUUUUUGAGGAUGCUACUCCUGAACUGGUUAGAGAUUUCUUCUGGGAUGGUGAUUUUCGUCUUAAGUGGGAUCCCAUGCUUGCAUACUCAAAGACUUUGGAUGAGUUCCCUCAGAAUGGAACCACGAUUGUCCACUGGAUAAAAAAGUUCCCAUUCUUUUGCAGUGACCGUGAAUACAUCUUUGGAGGGCGCAUAUGGGAAUCUGGGAAGACUUACUAUUGUGUUACAAAGGGUGUUCCUUAUCUAUCUUUGCCAAAGAAGGAAAAACCAAGGCGUGUGGAGCUGUACUUCUCAAGCUGGCGAAUUAGAGCUGUUCAGUCGCCUAAACAACCCGGCCAGCAAUCCGCAUGUGAAGUAACUUUGGUUCACUAUGAGGACAUGGGCAUACCAAAAGAUGUUGCCAGGGUUGCUGUUCGGCACGGCAUGUGGGGUGCUGUAAAGAAGCUGCAAUCUGGAUUCAGAGCAUACCAGCAGAUGAGAGCAGAAAACGCCCUGUCACACAGUGCCAUCAUGGCUCGAGUGACCACCAAGGUAUCAAUUGCUGGCUCAAAUGGUCCUCUGGACCAAGAACUUUCAGCUGCUGAUAAAAUCAGCAAUAGCGAUGAGAACUCCAGGGCAGUCCAAUAUGGUUUCGACUGGAAAUGGGUGGUGGUUGGAGGUGCUGUGGCCGCGGUUUGCGUGCUCAACACCGGACUGGUAGGGAAGGUCCUCUUACUAGGGGCAGCAAGACGGCAGGCAAGGAAGUGAUGUGAGGGGCACCUUCCAGCGUCUGCAGAACAAGACGGCAGGCCCUAACCAGUAGCUGCAACCUUACAGUUGACAGAUGAUAAAGAAAUGGGGUGGGUUUCAACAGGAGGCAGAUAAGAGGGAUGCGCGAUCUCGAGUGUUUUAUGAGGUAUAGCACGUGUGUGCUACCAUAAGAGGUGCCGCAGUAUCGAGAGCCUGUAGCUAAUGUAUCUGGAGUUAUAAGAGGUUUUGGAGAUAUCUUGCUACCGUACUGCAUGCUUUCAGCCUUCUACAUUCGUAUUUAUUCUUGAGAAAAUUCGUCAUAUGACACCGAGUAACUUUGUAAUACUUGUUAGGCUGCUGACAUAUGGUUUCGGUGUAUGGAAAUGGUAGCCAUAGAUGGAAUUGCCCCCACUA